AUGUCCGAGAAACCCACCGAAGACCCUACCCAAGCUUCGGGCGACGCCCCGGCCGCUGAGGGAGACGACGCCGGCCCCUCCAAGAAGGCCUUGAAGAAGGCCGAGGCCAAGGCAAAGAAGGAGGCCGAAAAGGCCAAGCGUGCUGCUGAGGUCAAGGCCAGAGAAGCUGCCGCCAAGGCUGCCGCUGGCGGUGGCGAGGAUCUCGCAAAGGACAACUACGGCGACAUCCACCACACGACCAAGGUCGAUGCCGAGAAGGUCAAGCUCAAGGACUUGGGCGAGCAGCACCUGGACAAGACUGUCAAGCUGCGAGGAUGGAUCCAGAACUCCCGUAUGCAAGGCGCCAAGAUGGCCUUUGUUGAAAUCAGGGAGGAGCGCAAUUGGUCGAUACAGGGUGUCAUGGCCGUCAGCCCCGAGGGCACGCCCGUGAGCAAGCAAAUGGUCAAGUGGACUGGUGGUAUCAGACUCGAGAGUUUCGUGCUCGUCGAGGCUCUUGUCAAGAAGCCACUCGAGCCCGUCAAGAGCUGCCGCGUCAGCGACUAUGAACUUCACAUCACCAAGUGCUACCUCAUCGCCUCGGGCCCCGAGGUUCUAGGUAUGACCCUGGGAGCCGCCAACAAGGCUGUGGCUAGCUUUGAGGACGAGGACGAGACAGCCCCGACCGAGGCUGUCAAGGAGCUUUCCAUCACCGACCCGGCCGGUGCUCCUGCAGCCAGCUUGACCACCCAUCUGAACAACCCUGUCAUGCACAAGAGAGCGCCUGUCCAACAGGCUAUCGCGGAUAUCCGUAUGACCGUCAGAAAGCUCUUUGCCGAGUUCCUGGAGUCUAGAGACUUUGUUCAGUUUGAACCCCCGUGCCUGAUUGGAGCGGCCUCUGAAGGUGGUGCAAAUGUGUUUGGAAUGAAGUACUUUGAUAAGCACGCCUACCUUGCUCAAUCCCCUCAAUUCUACAAGCAAUUUGAGAUUGCUGGCGGUCGCAAGCGUGUAUUCUGCAUUGGUCCCGUUUUCAGAGCUGAGAACUCGAACACCCCGAGACACAUGACCGAGUUCACUGGUCUCGAUAUGGAGAUGGAGAUUGAGGAGUCCUACGUCGAGGUUCUGGAGACUAUCGAGAGUCUCAUGUUGUACAUUUUCAGAGGUCUCGAGGAGAAGAGAUCGGAAGAGAUUGAACUCGUCCGCUCUGUCUAUCCGUCUGAAAAGUUCCUCCUUCCAGAGCCUGGAAAGGAGGUGCGCCUCACUUUCGCCGAGGGUCAGAAGCUUCUCCGUGAGGAGGGUCCCGAGGAAUACCGCAACGUCAAGGACGACGAGGAUAUGAGUACGCCUCAGGAGAAGGCUCUUGGUGCCUUGAUCCGUGAGAAGUACAAGACCGACUUUUACGUUCUUGACAAGUUCCCUGAGGAGGCUCGUCCAUUCUAUGCUAUGGAAGACCCUGCCAACCCCAAGGUGACAAACGCGUACGACUUCUUCAUGCGUGGCCAAGAAAUCCUCUCUGGUGGCCAGCGUAUCCACACUCCAGAGGCUUUGGAGGCCAGAAUCCGCAAGAAGGGUGUCGACCCCAACAGCACUGGAAUCAAGGAGUACGUCGAUGUGUUCAGAUCCGCUGGUGUGCCACCCCACGGUGGUGGUGGUAUUGGUCUGGACCGUGUCGUUUCGUGGUAUCUUAACCUGCCCAGUGUUCACCUGUCGAGUUACUACCCCAGAACUCCCAAGCGUCUCCUCCCAUAA